AUGAAGACUGUUCCGAGUCUCGUUGCUUCGAGUACUGUAGGGAUUGCUGCCGCUGGGCUGGCAUUGGGAAAGCCGGAACGUUCAAGUCCACCACGGCCUUCUUCAAAGAAAAGAAAAGCUGGAGAUAUCGCAGGCGUCGUCGUUCACAACAGCCCGGAAGCAUUUUCACCCAUUUCGCGGCCAGGCACAAGCUCGACUGUGAUCACUCCGGAAAUGAAACCCUCAGUACCCUCUCCCGAAUCUACACAAAAACCGCCCCCAACCCUCCGUCAACGUCCAUCGAAUACAAGAUCCGAACUGCAGAAUAAUAAUAGUGGACGAAAAUUGUCAGCGUUCAGGCACGAGGAGAGUUCUGGGAAUCCCGAGGAGGAAACGCGAAGGGAAUCAAUUUCUUCGAGGGGUUCUUGGAUGAGGAGGUUGUCGACGAUACCCAAUUCUCACAACAACAGCCCGAGAUCUAGUAUUGGGCCAGAUUCACCAUCACUGACCGUUUCAUACGGUUCAGUUGUUCCCAUUCUAUCUAGUUCAGGAAGCAGUCCUGCACAAUUACCUCCAAACAAGCUGGUGAAGCGGACCACAUCAGGAAGAGCAACAAGCGGGCCAGUAUCGAGGAGUGGAUCCAGAUCUCAAGUACCCACACUUCGACGGCCAGCGACAAGUCACCAGCGCUCUGUUACGCUGCAGCAACAAUUUAGGGACGACUCCAUAAAAAUGAAAGAGCCGAUUCAGCAAGAACCCACGACUCGAGUGCACAUCACACCCAUCAAAAAUGGUUCACCAGCCUCUCGUCAUGCAUGGCGCCUCUACUUCGAGUCUCGACCAACCAAGUUAUCAAAGGAAAGAGCAUCUGGGCGAGUGAGUGACGGGGGCAUACCAAAUACCCAGGCAACAUCCAGGAGGAUCAUCUUAGACGAUUCUGCGAGACCUACCUUGGUGAAGCCAGGUAUCAUUAUGGUAUCGAAGUCCAGCAACGCGGUCUACUACGAUGAAAGUUUCGAGCUUGACGAUGACGAGUUUGAAGGUGCAGGAGAUACGCCUCUGCCUUCUACAGAGGUGGUGGAGGAACCACAAAAACGAGCUCGCCGAUCUUUAUCCAUGCAUUUCAGCUCGCCCAGCUCUUGGAUACAAAGGUCUGGCAGUCUGAGAGGGAAUAAGAGAAGUGCUGAUGGCAGAAGUGGGGGUAAGCGCUACUCAUCAGCACCUGUAGUGUCCACUAUGCCUGGGCGACGCAUUUCCACAGCACAUGGUUCUACAACUAGCAGGCAUCGUCCUAUCAUGGACCCGAAUGUCUUCCAAAGAUCGCCCGUGUCACCAACUGAGGAAGCCUCCCCUAGCGAUCCCUUCGCCUCCAGUUUUGCGAGACGGAGCCGCAACAGUUCGUCUCCAUUACCGCCACUAACUAGGUUGUCGAGUUUCAACGUUGAUCUCGCUCGACUCGGAUUGUCCUCAUCAUCCUCGUCUGCUCCUCGUCGGAGUCCAAGCUCACCCGUCGUACACACGACCACGGCAUCAAGCACGGUGUCAUCUACGGGACAUGCAUCACCGGCGUCUAUAUCUUUUGUGGGCUCCGCGAUGUCAAAACCUCCACGAACCUCAGAACUUACGGAUCGUGCCUCGACGCUAAUUGGAUCAGACAACGACAUGAGAGGGUUCACUUCCGGUGACGAGGAUGAUAUGGACUUCCAAAGUGAGACUGUCUUUGACUCGUUGAGAUCUGGAGCCACUGGCAGCUUAAGGUCCCAUAACGCACCACUUGAUUCCAUGUUUGACGAAUCUCCACCAAGUUUAAAUGGACAUCCAAAGAACAAGAGACUUUCUAUUCAUGAGAUGUUAGCUAAUGGAGGGUUUCAAGAGGGCCACAACAGAAUCGUGGAGGAGGAUGAGGGCAUGUCUACUCCUGUCAAAGGAGGGCGAUCGUCACAAGAGGACAAUUUCCAGACGCCUAUCCGAACUAGUACUUUGGAUUCCGAAAGGGUGUUUCCCUCUUCUCCGCCAAGCUUCUGUCUUGCUACUAAAGACUUUAGCCGCCUGUCCUUAGAUGACGAAGAAGAGGACGAAGAUUGGACCCGGGAUGAUGAGAAUAUGGAUGUCAGCGGCCAGCUAUCGCCACCUUCAAGCUCCCUGAAUUCGCGAAGGGUGAGUUCCAGUUUUCGAGCGGCACUCGCAGAUUUAACCUACAGCGGAUCGACCAAUGGAAACAGUGCGGAACGACCAAAGAGCAAUCUCUUCGACUGGUCUGAGCCUUCGUCCGGAGAGAAAGUUGAUCUGAUGGGUAAUUCUCCUAGACCUAAGACCGCUCAUGUCAAGAAUAUCGCCGAUGGCAGAGGUGGUCGCGCUGUUGGACGACGAGGACCCAGUGCGCUGCAUAUUCGAAGUCAGAGCGUACCAGUUGUGCCUGAUGUUGCUGGUCAGCGCGACCAUUCGAAAUUGGCUCCGAAAUUUGGAACAUGGGGUCUAGGAGCCAAAGGUGUGAGUGAGGAUUGGGAUGGAGAUUUCGAAUUCGAAAAUAAUGAUGUAGAGGAUGGAGAUGAUGGAGAUAUCAAGAUGGAGAAUAGUGGCAUGCUGGUCCCACCAGCAAUCCAGGCAAGCCAAGCGAGUGUGGUUGGGCAUGUAGGACAGAUUCGGGAGGUGUGUCUUCUUGUGGAAGACCUGAAGAGAUUGCGACUGCUGGCCCGGGAGAAGGGUCUAUUGAAUGGCCCAUCUGCCACCCUAUGGAAGGAGGCGGAGGGAAUCAUCGCUCUUGCAGUACCUGAUGAAGAAGAUCCUGGACUAUCUCCACCUCAACACUCUCCUGCUUCCAUUGUUUUCGAAACGGAGGCGUCGGAGGACGAUGAGUAUCACGAGAGUGGGCCUGAUGGUGAAGAUUUGGAAACUCCCGAUGCGCCUUUCGAGGUCCUGAAUCGUCAUGGCCAACCCACCGGUUUUGUUUACGAUGGAAACACCGUUCGGAGGCGAUCUGUGUUUUCCCCUGAAGACGACAUCUUUGGAGCUGGGCUUAUGAAUAGUCCACCAGUGCGAGAUCAUUUGCGGCCACCUUCAACAUCUCCACGGCACUCAAGUAUGAAGAGUGCCUCUGAUGUAGCUCGGUCCGUCAUGGAGACUAUGCACCAACAUCGAUCCACCUCAGACCCUCUCCUCCAGACCUUGGCCAGCCAGUCUCCCAACAAAAUGCCCUUUGAUACGACAAGUCUCCGCGAUCUCGUCCAUCGGGCCAGUGUCCUUAGUCGUACCUUGGCCGACUUGAUCCGAAAAGCGAAUGGUAACUCGCAAAGCCCCGAGGUCAGCCCUCAUCGUGAAUCGAGCCCAGCCUUCACACGAGUCUUCACCGAUCCUAGUGUAAGCCCGCCCAAACACCUGCUUCGAAGUCACAGCAAUAAUUCAAUUCUCAGCGGCUCGAUUGACAGCUCCCCUACACGCAGUCUUGGUCAGCGGAUGCAUAUGAUGGCCGUCGUUUGA